UUACUGUAGAGCAUUUGACGAGACAAGUUUGUUAGCAACAGACACCUUAUGAUUUUUCCACUUUUAAGUCUUUUAUUUGUUCUUUAUAUGCAUUAUCUAUUUAUGUCUACGCUCAUCAUAUGACAGCUAUUCUGCUAUUUCUUCAUCAUAUAUUUUUGGAGAAAGCCUCUCGAGUCUCGACUACUUCCUAAUUUCCAUGACUUUUGGUUGUGGUCUGUGCCAUUUUCUCCUCUCAUGCUGAGGUGGUGGGCAGAGAGUAGAAAAGUACAAUUUAUGAAAGAGUCUAAGGGGAAGGAAGCUUAUUAUUCUUGUUAUGUCCUUGUUUUUUUUUUUUUUUUUCUUGUACACUGUUUAGCACUGCCCACAGAAUUUAUACCAGGCAUCCAAACAUGUCUGGUAGCAUCAAUUUUUGAGGUCAUGGAUACUCCAAUUGACCUGUUUUCUAUGAAUACGUAUGCGAUUUUGGUAGCAUAAUCAACAUAAUUCUUGAGAAAUUCCGUAAAUUCGUAAGUUGUUCACUCUGUAUGUUUGGCCAACAGGCAUGCAGCUUUCUGUUACCUCAUCCACAGUUAUUGUGAUCGCAUAAAGAAGGAUCUUUGAUCUAUUUGUUUGAAGGUAUUUGUGCAAGCUUUGAAAGGAUAAUUAAUGAUGCACACAUGGAGCAUAGUUAUGGAGGUCUCCUGUGGACAUUGAGGCUGUUCGCUGUUGUGAAUGACAUUUUUUGCAUGUUUCAAGGCCACAUUGAGAAUGUAGCACAUCUCAAACAACAGUCUGGGCUAAACAAGACAGCAAACGAAGUUAUCAUUGUCAUUGAGGCUUACAGGAUUUUGAGGGAUAGAGGUCCUUAUCCUCCAGAUCAAGUGGUGAAAGAUAUUCUUGGGACAUUUGCUUUCGUUCUUUAUGGUAGCUCUUCGAGGGCUACUUUUCUAGCUUCUGUAAGUGUUCUUUGUCAACCUAUCUCGAUCUUGGAUGUUAAUGGCAACGCACCCUUCUUCUGGGGUAUUGAUUCUGAAGGCCACCUUGUUCUCUCGGAUGAUGCUGACAUUGAGAAGCAAGGCUGUGGGAAAUCCUUUGCACCAUUUCCCAAAGGAUGCUUUUUCACAUCUUCUGGUGGCUUGAGGAGUUAUGAGCACCCACUUAACGAGUUGAAACCAGUACCUAGGGUGGACAGCUCAGGCGAGGUGGGCGGAGCGAAUUUUAAGGUGGACGUAGAGUCUAAGAAUGUGGACUCAGGCAUGCCCAGAGUGGGGAGUGCUGCUAACUGAUCCCAACACUACUAGCCUUCUUCUGUUAUUGCCAACUAUUUCUAUUAUCAACUCGUUGAUAACUUCUAUUGCAAUGAGCUUUAUGGUUUGUGGAGAAAUGUUAAAAAGUGAGGAAAGAUAUUUCAUAUGACUACCAAUGCAUGUGAUUCUCUAUGUCGUACACUGAAUUAGGCCAGUUUCUUGGCUGGGAGACACCAAC